ACCGGUGACCGCACCCACCUAUAACCCCCUCCUCUUCCUCCUCCUCUCACCGCCCCACCUCGCAGAGAAAACAACGCGAGAGAGAGAGAGACGCCGCAGCCGCCGUCUGUGACCGGAGAGCAACAGGACAAAAAACCAAACCCACCGCCGCUAACUCCUACGCCGGCCAUGUCGGUGGAGACGGAGCGGAGCUCCACGGAGUCCUCCGCCGCCUCUGGCCUCGACUUCGAGGACACCGCCCUCACCCUCCGCCUCCCCGGCUCUUCCUCCUCCGACACCGACCGCAAGCGCGCCUCCACCUCCGACCCGAGCUGCCGCUCCCCGAGUGCCGCCGCCUCGGACUCUCCCCCCUCCCCCAAGGCGCGGGUGGUUGGGUGGCCGCCGGUGCGGUCGUACCGGAAGAACGCCCUCGCGACCGCGGCGGCGUCCAAGUUCGUCAAGGUGGCCGUCGACGGCGCGCCGUACCUGCGCAAGGUGGACCUCACUGCCUACGCGGGAUACACCAGCUCCACCUCGUACGACCAGCUCCUCGCUGCGCUCCAGGACAAGUUCUUCUCCCACCUAACCUUCCGCAAGCUUGGGAACCAGGAGAUGAAGCUCGUGGAUACGGUGAGCGGGACGGAGUAUGUGCCGACGUACGAGGACAAGGAUGGCGACUGGAUGCUCGUCGGAGAUGUCCCAUGGAGAAUGUUUGUGGAGACUUGCCAGCGUCUUCGUCUCAUGAAAAGCUCUGAGGCAGUCAAUCUAGCACCAAGAGCUGCUCGGUGAGGCACCAUCGUUGCUUCUUUUCUACGAACUGCUCGAGACCAAGACAUGUCUUUGCUCGCGCUGAGGGUCUUUCAUAAGUCCAAGAGAGAAAUGUGUACAGCCGCCGACUUCCACCUUUUGUUCCAGCAUGCCAUUGUGUUCAGAAAGUGUUGUAGCUUGUAAUUCCUUUACCAGUCAGUAGUAUCUAUAUCUAAUAUGGGAGAAGUUGUUAUGCUUCAAAAGUUACAGCUACAGUUUGUUCUUGAUAAAUAAGACCGGGCACGUAGACCCCCUGUUCUUCUGAGCAGUUUGCUAGCUGAGGAGCAUUAUGUUUUAUGCAAGUGAGGCACCUGGUGCAAGAGUCCUAUACCGUGUUAUGUUGAGUGGCGUUUUUGUGUGUUUGAAUGCAUGGCUAUUAUUCUGUACUACAA